UGUUGUUGCUACAGAACCGAUGUCAUGUGACUGAAGGGUUCGUUGUGUAGCUAGCGGAGUGGAGCUUGCCCAAGCUUCGGAGGAGAAUGGAAUUUAUCUUUUAGUUUUUAGUGAAGGUCUCCUGUUUUGUGUUCCUCCUCUGAAGGAAGUUGACAUUGUGGAGUCGUCUCGAGAGUCUUGGCAAAGCGCCGAGGACUCGCCAAGGACAACAUGGGGUGCUGUUACAGCAGCGACAACGAGCCCACGGAGCAGGACAAUGAUGAACGGAAGCCUCUGAUCCCGCACCCCAACCCUGACAAACCAGCCAAUGGGACGGAGCGGAGUCCUGCAGCCCCGCCCUCCACACGCCCUGAUGAGCAGGCACUGCUCAACACCAUCCUCCACAGAACUGCUCAGAGCAUCAUAGAUGUGUCGGCUGCAGACUCACAAGGCAUGGAGCAGCAUGAAUACAUGGACAAAGCACGGCAAUACAGCACUAAGUUGGCUGUUCUGAGCUCCACGCUCAGUCAGAAGAAACCUGCCCCCCUCCCCUCUCUCACAAGCCAGCCUCACCAAGUGCUCGCCUCCGACCUGAUACCCACGGCAGACCUGCUACAGGUGUCGAAGAUCGCUGCGUACGCGUACAGUGCCAUCUCCCAGAUCAAGGUGGACGCCAAGGAGGAGCUGGUGGUGCAGUUUGCCGUCCCAUAAGCCCCCCGACGCCCCCUUACCCACAAUCCCCCUCACGUUUCCUCCCUACCCACAAUCCUUCCAGCCCCACGCACCCACAAGCAAUGUCCCAGCUAGAGGUGGCCACUCUUAACCAACAUUCUCUCUCUCUCUCUCUCUCUCUCUCUCUGUCUCACACACACACAUCAGACUCAGUCAUGUUCAUGCACACACACACUAUCUCACAAGCGCACACACACCCCUCCACUGUGUUUGUCCUUCCCCUAGUGAGUGUGUGCUGGAGGGAUUGUUGUUCUGAUGUCUGGUGGUGUGUUAGGGUUCACACAAAUGUGUUUCUGUUCAUGUGUGUUUGAGGCUCCUCUCAUUGUGUGUGUGCGUGCGUGUGUGUGUGUGUUUUUGCGUGCAUGUGCGCGCUGUCAUUACUGUAAACCUCAGAGUUAAUUUGCCCUGUUCUAACCCCUCCCACCCCCUGAGGUCAGAUGACACACUUAGCCACGCCCCCAGGUCAGCUGACCUGUUCUAACCCCUCCCACCCCCUGAGGUCAGAUGACGCACUUAGCCACGCCCCCAGGUCAGCCGGCCUGUAGCGUGGCGGCAUCAGGCCCCGCCCAGCUGGUUAUUUAUUGGUCUUUUAACGUGUGCGUGCCGACGACCCCACAGAGCUGCAUUCUGGGCCGGGCACGCCGGGCUUCUAAAGGGACUCCGCCGAUCCACUUCCUGCUUUUAAUCAAGUAAUUAACGAUGGGAUUAAUGAAAUGCUCUCUAACGCUGCCCGACUGCAGUGCGCUCGUUUUGUUUUUAUGUCUGGAGCAGGAGGUGUGCUGCUCAGCCUCGUGCUCCUGCAUCAGAUCACUUCUGUUCAACUCGACUCAUGCCUGAUUUCUGUUCUUUGCUCUGGUGAAAAGGAGUUCUGCAUUAAAGGAUUUGGAAGUAC